ACGAUUCAAACACAAACAAUAAUGUCGAAAAUAUUAAAUCAAUGCUGGAUAAAAAUACUUUAAAUGGAUUUAAAAGGAAUACAAAAAACAAAUCGAAGGAAAGUGAUAGAGAAUCAAAUAAAUUUGAUGAUGGUACACAGAUUGUUGGUACUGAAUUAUGUCAAAUAUUAAUACAUUUGUAUGAUUUGCACAGUGUUAAAAGUACAGAGAAACCAAUUGUAUUAUCGAAACGUAAAAGUGCUAUUAUUAGUGCGUUAACCAGUUUAUUGUGUGUAUCAACUAAAGCAAAAAAGUUUGCUUUAAAUGACGGAUUUUUAGAACAAAUUAUUACACAACUACAAGAAUUACAUGUUAAAUUAAGUUUAGAAUCAGUUGAGUCGAUACGACGAGCAUCUGAUAAAAAACGGGUUUGCCCAAUUUUAAAUGACAUAUCAUGUAUAUUUAAAUUGUUAACUAAUUUUAUGCUGGGAAAUGAACGAGUUAAAUUACAAGCAGUAUCAUUAGGUUUAGCUGAUUUAAUUCAUAAGUUAUGGAAUUGGAUUAAUUUUCAACAAAAUCUCUUAAUAGAAGUCCUUCGAAUGCUUUGUACUUUUACUACAGAAUGUCAAAUAGCAUCUCAAUCAAUUACAUUAACAUCUCCGGUAGCUGGAGUUGGACCAAGAAAAACACCGACUACAAUGUCAUUAUUACAUUGUAUUUUACAUUUAAUUGGUAAAGAAAUGGAUCUGGUUAGUCGAUCACAUGAUUUAAAAAUAUUAACGUAUUCAUUUCAUCUGUUACAAAAUUGCUGUCAAGCAUACGAAUGUAGAGUGUUGAUAUCAAAAAGUAACUUUUUCCAACAUUUAAAUCGUCUACAUCCAGCAAUUACAAAACAACAAAAACCAUGGGAAUCAAUUGAAUUACUAUGGUUAGAAUUCCUAGAAACAUUAACAUUUCAUCCAGAAGGACAAGUGUCUGUUGCAAAAUCAUCAGACACAUUAGAAUUGAUAAUGGCCUUAACGAGUAGCCCACAUGAAGUAAAUAAAAUGACAGCAUUGGCUAUUUUACGAAAUAUAACUUUUUAUCAGGCGAAUCGGACAAGACUUUUAUCAUCAGGUGAAUUUCUACAAAUUCUAAAUUCAAAAUUAUCAAAUGGAUCAAUUGAAGAAAAAUGCACAUGUAUUACAAUAAUAUGGUCAUUAGCUGCUAACAAUCAAAAAGCUAAAUUAAUAUUAAAAACAUCGGGAUUAGAAUGUCGUUUACAAGAAGUGCUCAAACAAUGGAAAUUAGGUGAAUCAAGUUUAGUGCCUAAAGAGCAACUCAACAAUUUACAAUAUAUUAUUGAAAUGUUACGAGAAGGUAGAUGACAUAUUUGUAAUUUUGUUAAUUUAACUUUAACUAUUUAUGUUGUUAUUAGUUUUAUUUAUAUUAUUUAUACAUCAUGACUUACACUUCAUUUUACAUUCCGAAAAUAAGGCUCCUUUGUGACGUUAACACUUUAGCACUCGUAUCGAAAAUCCCACUUUUAACUUGAUGAAGUAUUUCUCGGUUGCUUCAACCCGCCAUAACAAGCCAUAUUUAGGAUGCGUUUUUAUAUGCUUGAGGAAGGAAGCUUUUUUCAAAAAUUCGACCUUGGAUGCAAAAGGUAUUUAGGUGUUUUAAUUAACGUUUAUUGGUGUAUAUUGAAAAAUUAUAGUUAAAUGAAUUGUAAAAUUAUUAUAAGUUAAAAUGUGAUCAUAUCUAAAGAUAAAACUUAAACUUUUCUGUGAUUUAUGAAUUACAUCUCUUUGGCUAAAAGUUUUGAUUUUUUUUUCUAUGAUCUUCGUGUGUUUUAUACAAUGUUUUGAUAAAAAUAUUCAUUGUUUUAUACAAAUUUAUUAAUACCACUAUAAUGAACUCGAAUGUAUAAAUGAACUUCUCGAUGUUAGUUAAUAAUAUUAUAUAAUGCUUUUUUUAAAUCGUGUACAAUUUCGAAAAUUAUUUAUGGACCAAGAGGUGAUCGCAAAACUUCCAGGUUAUCCGUUAUCUUGAUUAAAAUCAUCAGAAAUAAUGGUAUUCCCUCAUGUUUGAAAAGAAUAAGGCGUUAUGAUUAUUUAUUGCCUUGAUUCCAUAUGACCCCAAGAGAGGGGGAAGAAAGUUUUUGUUGCAAAAUUAACACAACGAAAAAAUUGUUCAUCAAAGGAUGAAAAAUGUUGUUAAAUAUAGGUAAUGAUUAUGAGUCAUUUGCGAGCGCUUCUUGGACCAUUAUUUAAGUAAAGAAUGAUUGUUUAAUUAAUUGUUUGAAGUUUAA